GGGGCGGCGGCAGAGCAGCGGGGCGGCGCGGCGGGGUCGGGUCAUGCCGGGGCUGUGGGAUCGGCUGGCGGGCGGCGAGCGGGGCCGCCUGGAGAGCUCCGACUGCGAGUCGCUGGGCAGCGCCUCCGGCUCGGAGGGAGAUGCUGAGUACGCCGAGGCGGCUUCGCUGCCGGACCUGGAGCUGCUGCACGACCCCGAGGACGAGCUGUUGUGCUCCAGCGUGAUGGCCGCGGUCCAGGCCACGCUGGGCAGAGCCCCGCUGGGCGCCAAGCGCUGCUCCCGGCUCCUCAUGCCGGCCCAGCUCCUGGCGCAGGUGAGGACGGAGCUGCUGCGCCUGGCCUGCAGCGAGCCCUGCGGGCUGCGCGGGGCCCUCCUCGACCUCUGCGUGGAGCACGGCAAAGCCUGCCACGACGUAGGGCACAUCGCCGUUGACCCCGCCGUGGUGCCCACCUUCCAGCUCACCUUGGUGCUCCGGCUGGACUCCCGCCUCUGGCCCAAGAUCCAGGGACUCUUCACCUCCGGGCCGGCUUUCGCGCCGCUGAAGCUGAGCACGGGCUUCAGGGUCAUCAAGAAGAAGCUCUACAGCUCCGAGCAGCUGCUCAUAGAGGAGUGCUGACGGGCCGCGCCGCAGAAAAAAGCGACUUACCCAAGUGCUUUGGAAGAGCCAGUUAGAGCGUGGCGGCUCCCCGGCAGCAGCCGCUGUAGUUUAGGUUAGGCUGGAGUUAGGGCUGUAGUUUGGGCAGGCGGAGGUCCCCCGGGGGGUGCCUGCCCGUGCCGGGGCAUCCCUGGAGCAGAGGGGGGACCCAGGCAGAGGAGGUCACUUCACCCCGUCGAUGAUUGUGGGAUGAUCGCGGCGACCGUGCUCCGGGACGUGGCAGCGGGGCUGCUGGGGGGGGGGUGGGGUGGGGGGCGGAUGGUUUCCUCCUGUUGGCUGAUUUAUUAUUUCUUUUUUUUUUUCUUUUUGUACCAAGGAUUGUAAUCAAUGGGGUUUCUGGGGGAAGGGGGUGUUGUGGGAGUGAGCGACAGCCAGGCUGUAGGUUUGGAUCAAAGACCAAACCCCCAUCCCUGGGUACCUGUGGGGCUCUGCGUGGGCCCCCAGUACAGCGGGGGGGGGGGGGGGGCCCAAAAUCACGUUGUGUCUUUGAUCACAAGAGGGGAAGGGGGGCGUGCGAGGUGACACAGGGCCGGAGGGCAGGACCCCUCAGUGUGACACGCCGUGGGUGCUUCAUUGGUUACAGUUUACACUCGUACACUUGAUGUUCAAGUGCAAGACUUAACUAUGCAAUCGUGUCGGGGUGUUUUGUGUUGUUUCUUUUUUUUUUUUUUACUUUUCUAAUAAAACUUGUUUUAAUUGAUA